GUGGCUGCUUGGAGGUCAGCCGCCGCGCUCGUGGGUUGCCUGCUCUGUGACGACUUCCCGCUGCUCGGGGUCUGCAGUUGGUAUCGCGUCGCGAGAUUCUCGCGCCGGGCCGGCAGCAUGUCCGACAACGAGGACAACUUUGAUGGUGACGACUUUGAUGAUGUGGAGGAAGAUGAAGGGCUAGAUGACUUGGAGAACGCAGAGGAGGAGGGUCAAGAGAAUGUAGAAAUCCUUCCAUCUGGAGAGAGACAGCAGGCAAAUCAGAAGCGGAUCACGACUCCAUACAUGACCAAAUAUGAGCGAGCCAGAGUCCUGGGCACUCGUGCACUCCAGAUAGCGAUGUGUGCUCCAGUCAUGGUAGAGUUGGAAGGAGAGACAGAUCCUCUGCUGAUUGCAAUGAAAGAACUCAAAGCUCGGAAGAUUCCCAUAAUCAUCCGCAGGUACCUGCCAGAUGGAAGCUAUGAAGACUGGGGUGUGGAUGAGCUAAUUAUCACAGACUGACCUACUUCUUGUCAUUGUCCUUGGUUCCUCCUUCACCUGCAGAUGCUUUUAUUUUUGUUUAUAUUUGUGUAAAUAAAUAAUAAACCCCCAUUUUUAAGCAAA